CUAAAACUUCACUUACGAAAUAUCACUGCACGUGUACUUCAAUGUCAUACAGCAUUUAUUGCUCCGUAUGUGCCCUAGGUACCUAGAAUUUCCUACUCAGCUACUACAUAAGGUACUAGGUUCAUGCAAAUCUAAGAUAUUCAAAAAUGUUGAAACGUUCAUACGCGGACCUUAGCUCCAAGGAUAUAACGUCAGUUUCGCAAAUCCUAGAACAUGCCGAAGAUCUAUUAAGUGCCGCCAUCGCCUUGAAAUUGGAGCUUGCAGCAUUCCGCGAUACUCCUGAGCUAAAUGGUCAAAUCAUUUCAGUUUUAGAACUACACAACAAAAAAAUAUUACCUAUCGCUCAACUACUUGAUGAAGAUGAGAGCAAGGCCAGGAGUCAGCAUGGGGCCGGAUCCCGGAAGGUCCGAAAGCUUGACAGCGAUGAAAGAGGCUCUGGAAGUUUACCCACAGCACUUCUCAUACCACCUCCCGUGUCCUUAACUCGAUGGACACCCAAUGAUAUACCAGAUUCUGGGUUGCCGCCCCUGCCUCCGGUUCGAGACCCUGUGCUUGAGCAAGCGGCGCUCACUCAUUCUGGCAUGACCGCAAAACCAACGGAUAUGAGUUAUGAGCGACUUGAAUGGAUUGGAGAUGCUUAUCUCUACCUCAUGUCUACAUCCUUCAUCUAUCAAACAUUCUCCAACCUAGGCGCAGGACGAUGUUCUCAGCUACGAGAGAGGCUUAUCAAGAACGACACUUUGUCUAAUUAUACUGUACAAUAUGGUAUCAACAAACGCACAAAAUUCCCUGCCGAGUUCGACCUUCAUGGUAGGGUAGGGGGGAGCCAAGCGUCCCAGGCUGCGAAGAAAAAGGUCCUGGGCGAUGUUUUCGAGUCGUACGUCGCUGCUGCAAUCUUAGGAGAUUCGGAAGGCUUAUCACGUGUGUCAUCGUGGGUAAAGUCUCUCUGGAGUACAACACUGGCCACUGAGAUACGAAAUGAAUUCAGAGCCCAGCCCAACCCCAGCCGGGAUUCAUCGAACAAAGACGUGUCCAGCGGCGAUAGCCAAACCAUUGCCAGGCAGGAUUUGAAUCCCAAGGUCGUUCUGAGUCAGGUUGUUGGUGCUAAGGGAGUCAAGAUCUCAUACAAUGAUGUGGGUGAGCCAAAGAAGGACAAGCAUACAAAACUCCCUUGGUAUACAGUCGCAGUAUUAUUCGAUGGGUUCGGUGAAAAGAAGCUUCAGCUAGGCAUUGGAAGUGCAAUCUCAAAAAAGGAGGCAGGAGCAAACGCGGCACGCGCGGCGCUGGAAAACAAAACCGCCAUCACGCGUCUGAAGAAACUGAAGGAGGAGUCCUUGAAAUCAGCAAAGCUAGCCGAGGAAGCUCAACAAGGAUACGAUAACUGGGCUUAAGCUGAGUACUUGCAUGCGGUGGGCAGCCUGUAUUUACAUACUUAAUGCAGUUGUAGUUUUAGGAGAAUAAUCGAAUUGGCAAUGCCAAAUAUCUCACCAUGAGAACAAUAUCCAGAAUUCAUGGGAAUGGAUGUUAACCAAACUAUGU